AGUGAAUGUGCCAAACUCUUAAAGUUCUUGACUUUAUUUCUAUUGUGAAACCAUAGAUUUAGCAAACCACUGAAGAGGAAAUAAAAGUGCAUUACAUUUAAGUUUUCUUGUAGAUUACAUUCUCAUUUCAGAUUCCCUCACACAUAUUCAAGGGUCUCACAUUUUCCUCACUUUGGACAUCCUAUAGUCAUCUCUCUUGCAACAGGGUGGGCAAUCUGCGGUGUGUGUGUGUGUGUCAGGCAAACGCGUGGUCAGUUGGCAUUGGAGGAGAAGGACGUUCCUCGGUAUUACGGAAACGAACAUGAUUGGCUGGCCGGUGUGACGCUGUCGUCUCCAGCCGCCGUCCAAUCAGCGCCAGCCAUCUGUUCCCAGUCUAGAGGCGAGACUGUGAAUGAUAGACACCUGGAGGAGCCGAUGGGUGGAAUCCAAGCAUAAAUCCGACUAUGGGACGUUUGUGCUCUCAGCAGGCAAUUUUUUUGGCGAUGCCGAGAAAGAUAAGGGUCUUCAGACCAGUCAAGAUGCUCAUUUCUACGCACUGUCAUCUCGCUUUGCGGACUUCAGCAACAAGGACCAGUCCCUUGUAAUCCAGUUCAGUGUAAAACAUGAGCAGAGCAUUGACUGUGGUGGUGGCUACAUUAAGCUUUUCCCAUCUGAUCUCAAACAGGAAGAUAUGCAUGGAGACUCCACUUAUAAUAUCAUGUUUGGUCCUGACAUCUGUGGCCCCGGCACCAAGAAAGUCCAUGUAAUCUUUAAUUACAAAGGCAAAAAUUAUUUGAUCAACAAAGACAUCCGAUGCAAGGAUGAUGAAUACAGCCAUCUGUACACAUUGAUUGUCAAUGCAGACAAUACUUAUGAAGUCAAGAUUGAUAAUAAGAAGGUGGAGUCUGGAUCUCUGGAAGAGGACUGGGACUUCUUGCCCCCAAAGAAGAUCAAGGAUCCCGAAGCGAAAAAGCCAGAGGACUGGGAUGAAAGGGAGAAGAUUGACGACCCUGAUGACAAGAAACCAGAGGACUGGGACAAACCCGAGAACAUCCCCGAUCCUGAUGCCAAGAAGCCUGAUGACUGGGACGAUGAGAUGGAUGGGGAGUGGGAGCCACCCAUGGUCACCAAUCCUGAAUACAAGGGUGAGUGGAAACCCCGCCAGAUUGACAACCCUGCUUACAAGGGGAAAUGGGUGCACCCUGAGAUCGAUAAUCCGGAAUACACUCCUGACAAUGAAAUCUAUAAAUACGACAGCAUUGGAGUUAUUGGACUGGACCUGUGGCAGGUGAAGUCUGGCACAAUUUUUGACAACUUCCUCAUCACCAAUGACCCAAAGCUGGCAGAAGAUGUUGGCAAUGAGACUUGGGGUGCCACGAAGGAUGCUGAGAAGAAGAUGAAGGAAAGUCAAGAAGAGGAAGAGAGGAAGAAGCGUGAGGAAGAUGACAAGAACAGAAAGGAGGAAGCAAAGGAGGAUGAGGAAGAGGAUAAGGAAGAGGAGGAAGAGGAUGAAGAAGAAGAGGAGGAGGAGGAAGAGGAGGAUGACGAAGAAGAGGAGGAGGAGGAGGAAACAGACUCUAAACUCAAAGAUGAGUUGUAGAUUUAAAAAGAAACUUGUGAAGACAUGCCUCAUACCUCAUGACUAAUGGGGUACGAGGCAGAGAGCUGGACUAAUGCUGGACAUUCCUUUUUGUUGCGUGUCAGAUGAUUCUGACAGUAUUUUUUUCCCUGCCACUACUACAACCCUAUUUACAUCAUUUGCAUGAUGUCAAGCAAGUCCCAGGAAUUUCAGUCAGGGAAAAAAAAAUAAGGGAGCAAACAUCAAAAUAUAACGCCCUUGUCUGUAAUGUGAAGUGAGAUGCUUAAAAAUUCAGUACUGAUGUUUACAAAUAUCAGAUAUUAUCCAAUACAAACUGUUGAUUUAAGCAAUUCUGUGAUAUGAAACUUGAAUCAUCAACUGGUAGCUAAAAUUCUCAGGCCACACCCACACUAAUAUAUUUUUGUUUGAAAACAGAUAGAUUUUUCCUCCGUUUCCACCACUAUAAACAGAGACUUUGCUCUCUACUCUAUUACUGCAUACUUUGGAGGAUGAUAACUUUAGGAAACUGAAAACAGCAUUUAUUUAAUGAAAAAUUAUUAGUGUGGACAUGGCCUCAGAUACUAGAAUAAUUACCUCAAAGAAUAUUUUCCUUAUCAAAUUCUGAUAUUGUGGAGCAAUUUAAAGUACUGUUUUUAAGGUAACCCUUUUUUCUAACAUUUGUCACCAUAUUGUUGUUUGUUUACUCCUGUUGCAGAAUAUGCUUUGAGUUUCAUAGUGUGCAGUUUUGCUUGGGGUUUCAGAUAGAUGCUAUCUCAUCUACUGUGUUUUGGGUGUGAACUGUUGUGUGUGUGUGUGUGUGUGUGUGAGAGAGAGAGUGUUGGGGUUGAGUGAGUGUCCUCACUUUAUUGCAUGUUUUGUCUUAAACCAAACCCCGAUGACAGAUACGCAAUCUUAAUAUUUAACCGUCAGUGAUCGGUUUUCAUGCAUGCAGGUACUGUGGAUCUCACAAGCUUUGCCAUUGGCACUGUAGUUUUGGUUUUGCCCUGGUCAGUCAGCAUACUCAUACAGAACUAAUUCAUAUUUGGUCUGAUCAGCAUCUGGCUUGGAUGAUGUAGCUGAUGCAAAGGUUUGCCAAGUUGUUCAGAUGAAAAAUGUACACAACUGACCAACUGAAUGUUUGGCAAAGGAAAAAACAACAUCAAGAAUGGUUUCUCGGAGUAGCCACAAUCUCUGUGUGUUCACACAGAGUGUGCUCUUGUUAUUAACGGAAUCACCCCCUUUAGACACUGGUCUGAUUGAAUUACUUCUGCAAACAUGCCAAUCAGGGCCAGGCUAAACCUGUGGAGUCCGAUAUAUUGAAAGUUUGUGAGAUUUCAAGGGUGUCACAAGCAAAGGGAUCAUCCCAUAGCAUUCUUUAGUAACACCUUGGCUCUUGAGACAGAUAUUUCACAGUCAUGGUGAAUAUUGCACUGCUGUAUUGCUUCAACCAGAUAUUUCUCCCAACAAAGUAGGUUGUGACCUUUUUUUAAAGAUAUAUUUUGUACUUUUUGUGUUAGAAGGAUGUGUUGACAUUGAAAAGAAAAGCUCUGGUAUGAAUGUUGUCCAAUAAUAAAACUACAAAAAGAGUAAUAUACCUCUGAAGUCUCUAGAUUGUGGUUUUGAGAGCAUUAACAAAUGACAUGAAAUUAACUGCAUAACAGUUCAAUAAACACACAUCACUUUUUUCUAAGGGGGCUCCAGGGCCAUCAGUACAGCCGUUCACUGAAUCCAGGGGCUCCCAAAAUGUUUUGUCAACAGAACCGCUAUGAGCUAAAUUAUUCAUUGUUCAUGUCUUGUGGCUAUACU